AUGAUUACGGACUACCACACCCAAAUACAUAUCCUGUGGACAAGUGGUCAACAUGAUCAGGCCGUGGCUCUUCAGAAGCGGGUGGCGUUGGCCGAGUCGCCCACUAAAGCCGGCAUUGCCAACACAAAAUACGCCGCCGCUAUUUUCACUUGCCCCAAGGCCGGCAUUUCGGAUGCCAUCUCUUUGCUCAAACCUCGAAGACCUUACGAAGAGCCAUCCGACGCAGCAAAGAAAUCAAUCAAAGCAGCCAUGGAGUCUUUGGAUCAAGAGGAGAAACGGAUAUUGAUGGGGCUCAAGUCCCGUUUGUAG